CCUCAGCGGCGACGACGACCAAGGGGCUACCGUCCUUUCCGGCGUGCGCCGUGGUUCUGACCCGCUCUGGAGUAGGUGAGGAACGAGAUGGCUGAUACCGGUGCUGGCGGAGCAGCGGGAUCAGAGGCGGGGAAAGCCCCCGUAGCGCAGCGCAUUGACCCGGCGCGAGACAAACUGAGCCCGGCCCAGCUGCACUUUAUGAGGCAGGUGGAGCUCUCCCAGUGGCAGAAAACGCUUCCGCAGCGGCGAGGUCGCAACAUUCUGACCGGACUGAGCAUCGGGGCCCUCGUGUUGGCCAUUUAUGGCUAUACAUUCUACUCAGUGUCCCAGGAGCGGUUCCUGGAUGACUUGGAAGACCAGGCCAAAGCUGCUAGAGUGAAAGCUCCUGGGACCAAUAGCCCCUAAACCCAAUGAGUGCUCAGACUCUCCACUCUGGAUGGAAGGUCUUCAAAAUGAGAAUGGGAUGUUUCCACCUCCUCUCCUUUCUCUCCCCUACAAGAAAAAGACUCCCACUUGGGAUAAGGAGUGUUUGGGCCAGCCUGACUUUGGGAUGUGCUUUGGUUAUGGAGUUCCACCCUGCUUUGGGAAUUGUGUAUCCAGCCAGUUUGAUAGGAACACCUAUUCCUUCUCUCUCCCCUUCUUUCCAAAUUGAGCUAUUGUUAAAAUAGAAAGGAGGCGCGGCUUAAGUCACCUCCAGCUUUUUCAUGUCUUCAUAGUUUCUUUCUGCCUAAGAUUUAAAGCUAUUGUUGGGGGAAGAGGGGAAGAUAAGAAAAAUACCUCUUUUCUUUGUUGAAACCUGGCAAUGAUGAUCAAGGACUGAUUCACAAUAAAGUGAAUCAUCCUUCUUGUUCUAGAGCUCUGUGAAUUUAUAGGGGGGGAAGAACAGAAAGGUUUACCAAUUGUGGCAAUUGUGUUGCCCUAAGGAAAUGUGAAUGUUUAACUAGAAUGGCUUUUCCUGCGAUCUUUCUACCGGAUUAGUAGGUAAAAAUCAUGGAAAUCA